UGUAAACUCCUUUCAAAACUAAUCAAAAAAUCAUGUAAACUCCUUUCAAAACUAAUCAAUAAAAAAAUAAAAAUGACUCUCCCAAAUAAAAAUAGAAAACGUUCGUGUCAAGAGAAAACUGAUUCAGAUAAUGACUCAGAUUCUCGUUUGACUACGAUUCGUAAUAAAUUGACAUCAAUUGGUAUCUCUCCUUCGUCCCCUAAUACUUCUGACCCUAAUAUCGAUUUAAUUUCUACCAUCAAUCUACUUGUAAAUCUCGUAAUUAAACAAUCCGAACAAAUUAAUGCAUUACAAACUACCAUUACUAAUAUUGAAAAAAAGCUUCAAAAUGAAAAUCCUCCAUUAUCCCCUGAUGAUAAAGAAAAAGCACGAUCGAUAGUCAUAGUCGGUCUUUCUGAAUCUCAGGGUAAUAAUGAUAGAGAGAAUUUCAUUGACGACACAAAUAAAAUAAAUAAAAUUAUUGAUUCUCUUGGAAUUCCCACUAAUCCCAUAACAACUUAUCGGAUGGGGAAGCCUCGUAACGACGGGAAAGGUCGACCAAUUAAAGUGGUGAUGCCAACAACAUACCACCAACGCCUUAUCCUCUCUCGUUCUAAAUCACUUCGUAAUAUUUCUGACUUCUCUGGCGUAUAUUUACGACCAUCACAGACUAAAGAAGAGCGUCAGCAUGACUAUGAGUUACGUAAGGAAUGUAGAGAUAAAAAUUCAAAAUUAAAUGUCGGCGAACCCCCUUGGAAAAUUUUCAAGGGGAAAAUCGUUCGCGCUUUUAACCAAGUUUCUUUAAACAAAUAA